AUGGAUGGAACCUUUGAUGCGGUUCCUGGGAUUACUUUGCAACUGUAUACCAUCCAUUCAGGCAUUGUAGGAACUGACAAGUUUUUGCCUUGUGUUUACGCUUGCAUGAUGCACAAAAACAAGGAGAGUUAUAUAACACUAUUUAACUGUGUUAAAAAAGCAGUGAAGACUCAGUACAAUAAGUUACUCGAACUCCUCUUCGUGGCAGUCGAUUUCGAAAAAGCGGCGAUAUCAGCAAUUAAGGAAUGUUUUAAAGGAGCUGCUAUUUCUGGUUGCUUAUUCCAUUUUUCGCAAAUAUUAUGGCGGCGUUUACAGUCGAUUGGCCUUCAAUCCACAUAUCAAACCAAAGACGAACAGGAACUUAGAAGCUCAUUCCAUUCCCUCAUUGCAUUAGCAUUCGUGCCAGUAGAGGACAUCGAGAAGGUUUUCGACGAUGUUGUAGAUUCAUGUGAUGAGAGGGUACUCGAAAAAUACGAUACGGGAAAUGUGAACUCUCUUGACGAAUAUUUCCCUCAUAUGUAA